AUGAGUGACAUGGGUUUGCUCAAGUACUUCCUUGGUAUAGAAGUUCAUCAAAGUGAAGAUGGGGUGUUCACUUCUCAAAGCAAGUAUGCCGAAAAGGUGUUGAAGAAAUUUGGUAUGCCUGGAUGUAACCCCACAUCUACACCACUUAUAGUGAAUGAGAAACUCAAGAAAGAUGAUGGAGGAAGAACAUUUGAUGAGACUUACUAUAGAGGUCUUAUUGGAAACUUGUUGUUCAUGAGUUCACCUAGUCAUUUACAUCUUGGCGCGGCAAAGAGGUUGUUGAGGUACAUACAAGGAACAAUGAAUUUUGGAAUCAUGUAUUCAAGAAAUUUGGAUGUCAAAUUACUUGGCUAUUGUGAUAGCGACUUGGGAGGGUGUAGUGAUGACAUGAAGAGUACAUCGGGUUAUGCCUUUUCUCUUGGUUCGGGCAUAUUUACUUGGGCAUCGAAGAAGCAAGAAACCGUAUCUCUAUCCACGACGGAAGCGGAGUACAUUUCGGCAUCAAUAGCUACAUUUCAUGUUGUAUGGCUAAGAAGAAUCACGGAAGACAUUCAAGAGAAACAAGAAGGGUGA